AUGCAUCUGCUAUCAAUAGGUGUUCUGCUAACAUUUUUUAGCUCCGGAUACACCCAAAACCCUAACUGCGACUAUAGACAAAACGUGCAGCCAAACCGAUUAUACUAUGUGUACAGUCCACGUUACCCGCUCUUCUACUCACCUGGGGAACAGUGCAGGUGGAUAGCAACAUGUCCGGCUGGUUACAAUUGCCAGCUCGACUGUCCCGAUGUCAAUUUGCCGGAGUCACCUUCCUGCUCUAUGGACCGGCUACUAAUAUCUAGAACGGGUGAUCCGCAGCUCGCGUCGGCAGAAUACUAUUGCGGGCGGGGCAGGUUGAACAUCACAUCCAACGGACAAACGCUAGCAGUAGGUCUAAUCUCAUCGUACCAGAGCCCUGGAGGUCGAUUUUUGUGUCAUCUGAGAGCCAAGCCCGCUUCCGUUACACCACCUACCUGCAGAUGUGGCUACAAGAAAAUGAACCGCAUCGUCGGCGGCCAGGAGACGGGCGUGAAUGAAUUUCCGAUGAUGGCGGGCGUCGUCUACUUGGACAUCGUCAAGAUCAAAUGCGGCGCCGUCAUCAUCAGCAGGAGGCACGUGAUGAGCGCGGCGCAUUGCGUCAUCAAGAAAACACCCGCCGAUUUGGCGGUCGUCGUUGGGGAGCACAACGUCAACGCUGGUGAAUCGCCUGCAACUCAAGCCUUUAAAGUGAUCCAAAUCCAGACUCAUCCACUGUACUCGACAUCGAACUACGACAAUGACAUCUCCAUACUGACGCUGCAACAGAACAUCGUUUUCAGCGACCGCGUGGGCCCGGUGUGCCUGCCCUUCAAGUUCCUCAACAAAGACUUUGCCGGUUCAAAAGUCACAGUGUUAGGCUGGGGCACAUUAUUCCCCGGCGGGCCAACAUCCCCAACACUGCAGAAGGUGGAUGUAGACGUGAUCAGCCAACAGGUCUGCCAACGGCAGGUGCCCGCGCUUACUCCCCGUCAGAUGUGCACCUUCACGCCUGGGAAGGACUCCUGUCAGGACGACUCCGGCGGUCCCCUGCUGUACACCGACCCUUCCAACGGCCUCCUAUACAGCGUGGGCAUCGUCAGCUACGGUGCUUUCUGCGCCUCCAACUCUCCCGCCGUCAACGCUCGCGUCACGACCCUCCUGGACUGGGUCGUUGCGGUCACGAAAGAGGACUACUGCAAAAUA